AUGGUGCUUAUGUCAACCUACCGUAACAGCAGGUUUGUUUCAAAGGACUUCCUGCACGGCCCUGUUAUGCGUUUUCGCGCUCUUGGGGAGUACUACUUUCAACGUGCGUGGAACGGCACGCUGAACUGGACCCUUCCUGGGGAGUACCGGUUGUAUGCCGUGAUGAUCCCUUUUAUUUACUUUUACCACCGCUGGCAUCAGGAGCACAAACUUGACAUUGACCACGUGGAGAAGGCAAUGAUCAUGCGGUGGGGUGGCACACUGGAGGAGGUGCGUAAACUAUCGGCGAAGGACCAGCUGCGGGUGCGCUGCUUUACUGACAUAGAGAAACUCUACUCGGCGUAUGGUCCGAAGGACGUCAAUGUGCAGCCGGAGGGCGACAGUCUGCCCGGAAAAGAUUUGUACAAGAAGGCCGGUGAAGGACAUCACCACUGA